GAAUAUUAAAGCCGACAUUUUUGUAAACAGUGUGGAUCCUUAUAACGGCAAUAUAUCUUGUAUUGUCACUGUACUGUCAUCCUAAGGAUAUGAUUUUCAUGGUUUGAAGUUGACUGGAGGACCCGAGAGGUCCUCAAAAGUUGUAACGACUUGAACAGAAAAGCCUUGUCCUGUAUGUAGUCUUGUCCUAUACGCAGUCUUGUCCUAAACUAACACAAUGGGAGCAAGUUAUCCUAAGGUUGAGCAAUUGUCUCGGGCGAUGACCGCUAUACAGGACGGGGAUGUGGCACUCCUGCAGGUUUUGUCACGCUCCACAAACCUGACCGGCUACCUUAAGCUUCGCCACUCCCAGACUACGGCUCUACAUUUGGCUGCUGCUCAUGGUCAGCCAGAAUGCAUUCAAUUUCUGCUUGAUCUUGGAGCAAACAUUCAUGAAGUGGAUUCCAGCCGAGAGUCUGUUCUACACAGUGCAAUAGUGACAAAAUCACCAAAGUGGGGCAACUGUUUAUCUCUGAUUCUAAAAGCAAAAGCAGACAUAAACGCAGUGAACGUCUGGCAAAGGACUCCUUUGAUGAAAGCGGUUGUCAAUUUUAAAAUUGCUGCCGCUAAUUAUCUGAUAAGUGAAGGUGCUGAUGUUUGUGUUUCUGAUGAGAACGGAACAACCCCGUUGCAUGUUGCUGCUAGCUACGGUAACCUUGGGCUGGUGAAAACUUUACAGGAGAACCGCGCUAACAACAAUGCUCAAGAUCAGAGAGGACGGACACCUAUGUAUUUUGCCAUUCUCGGAGGUCACGAAGAUGUGACCGAGUACCUCAUUCAGCAUGGCUGUGAGGUCAACCUGUUUGACCUUGGAUGGGGUUCACCCUUACAGCUCUCGGUCACAAAAUGUAAUGUCAGGGUCUUGUCUCUUCUUCUAAAAUCGGGGGCAUGCUUCAACGUACAGCCAAUAAACAUGGCUGAUGCACCGGGCAUUAUUGACAUAGCUUUAAAGAUUGCCCUCAAAAGGGUAAACAUCUACCGCAAUGAAGAGAACAAACAAGAUGUCGACAUGAGCUCUGCAAGUAACAAGCGUGCAUGUGAUAGUCUAGAGUGUCUACGCCUUCUGAUAGUUGCCAGUGGCUUGCCUGUGGAAGAAAAGCUUAUGAAAAGUAUACAUCAACUUGUGACUCAGUCGUUUCAUAAAGAUCUGCAAAAACCUUUCAUGGACCUUCAUCGCAGUGCAACAAAAGCUCACAAAUCGUCAAAGAACUCUCCACCCUCACUGCAAUACCUGGCUCGACAGCGAUGUCGCAAGUUCAUGAUGACGUCAAAUCAUAAUCUCAUAUGGGCAUGUGACCGGUUGGAUGUAUCACAAGUGAUAAUUGAUCUCCUUACUCUGCAGUCUUAACACCAUCUGUUAUGUAUAGUGCUUAGAUUGCAGUCUUAACACCAUCUGUUAUGUACAGUGCUUAGAUUGCAGUCUUAACACCAUCUGUUAUGUAUAUAGUGCUUUGAUUCAGAAAAGACUUAUUCUCAACAAUAUAUUUGCAAAAGAUUUACAUAACAAUUGAUGUGCCUGGGUAAAACUGUAUGCGUCCUUAUCAUGUUCGUUAUAACUGAUGUGUGUCGUGGUUUAACACGUCAAAAUCAUGUUCGUUAUAACUGAUGUGUGUCGUGGUUAAACACGUCCAUAGCAUGUUCAUUAUAAUAGAUGUGUGUCGUGGUUAAACACGUCGAAAUCAUGUUCGCUAUAACUGAUGUGUGUCGUGGUUUAACACGUCCUAUUCAUGUUCGUUAUAACUGAUGUGUGUCGUGGUUAAACACGUCGAAAUCAUGUUCGCUAUAACUGAUGUGUGUCGUGGUUAAACACGUCCAACUCAUGUUCUUUAUAGCUGAUGUGUGUUGUGGUUAACACGUCCAUGUCAUGUUCUUUAUAACUGAUGUGUGUCGUGGUUAAACACGUCCAUAUCUCAUUCUUUAUAAUAGAUGUGUGUUGUGGUUAAACACGUCCAUAUCAUGUUCGUUAUAACUGAUGUGUGUCGUGGUUAAAAACGACCAUAUCACAUUCUUUAUAACGGAUGUGUGUCGUGGUUAAACAUGCCCAUAUCAUGUUCGUUAUAACUGAUGUGUGUCGUGGUUAAAAACGACCAUAUCACAUUCUUUAUAACGGAUGUGUGUCGUGGUAAACACGUCCAUAUCAUGUUCGCUAUAACUGAUGUGUGUCGUGGUUAAACACGACCAUAUCACAUUCUUUAUAACGGAUGUGUGUCGUGGUAAACACAUCCAUAUCAUGUUCGCUAUAACUGAUGUGCGUCGUGGUUAAACACGACCAUAUCACAUUCUUUAUAACGGAUGUGUGUCGUGGUAAACACAUCCAUAUCAUGUUCGCUAUAACUGAUGUGUGUCAUGGUUAAACACGUCCAUAUCAUGUUUGUUAUAAUUGAUGUGUGUCGUGGUUAAACCCGUCCAUAUCUCAUUCUUUAUAAUAGAUGUGUGUUGUGGUUAACACGUCCAUGUCAUGUUCUUUAUAACUGAUGUGUGUCGUGGUUAAACACGUCGAAAUCAUGUUCGCUAUAACUGAUGUGUGUCGUGGUUUAACACGUCCUAUUCAUGUUCGUUAUAACUGAUG